UGUCAAUUAUAUUGGAUAAUACGAGUGUAAAUGUGACUAUGAUGCGAUUACAUGCGUGGAAGGGGGGCGCGAAUAGUGUUAAAUUAACCAAUCAACCACGAUAAACGAGGGAUGACUAAGACAAAGCUGCAAGGGGCGUUGAACUUAUGAAUUGACACCAGUAUGACGCAUACUAAAUACAUAUUUGGAGACAACGGGGCAGUGUAGUAAGUAGUUAAAAUAAAGAGUAAUCAACACAGAAGUCAUACGGCCUAUAACAUCAACCAAAUAUGAUUUUCCGUCAGUGUGGGGCUACACUGCAGUCAAGUUGGUCAUGAUUGGCUGUACGCCACAACACACCACCGGAAACACGAGCCUUACUCAGGAACUAGUUGCAGUGCACGCGGCGGAAGAAUACACGGCUCACGCGCAGCUUGGCGUUAAGAAGGCUCGUCAGUCCGCCCAGAAAAGUAAAGCCGUCACCGUGGAAGUGAAAGUGAUGAUUAUAAAAGCACCGAGAGAGGAGAAACAUCCACUAAUAUUGGUCUGGGCACAGGACCGUAAUUAAAGAUGCUAUUUUAAUGUCUAACGUGUCAACAAAGACGAGGAGGUAGGUCAUCACCAAGCCUCCCCAAAACAACCCCAGGACCAAGAGGCUCAAUUUAACCUAUGAAUAAAUGAUUAUUAUUGAAUACACGCACAACCAUAUGACUAAAUAAAUGUGUCAAUCCCAAUGGUAUUAGAUGGUGGCCGAUGUUACCCGCCAUUAUGGGACAAAGACCGCCUUCAGGCCUUUGGGCUAAUCACGUGUGUGUGUGUUUGCCUUUAAAAGUGAAACAAACAAGCAAACUUCCUGUUUGGCACGUUCUGCCAGGUGUGUCCCACCGUGAGCGGGGGGGUCGCUACCAAUCCUGCUGCCUGGGUGGGGGAGGGACUCAAGGCGACCAGGAGGGGCAGGAGUGACACUUCACCUUCUUCCUGUGUGCACGUGUGCGUGUACGAGUGUGAAAGUUAGUUCCAGCGAGCCCCGAAUGCAUGUUUACCCAACAGCCUCCCGCCCAACCUGUCUGGUGGGUGUGCUGGCUGGCUGGCUGUGCAGGUAUGAGCACACAGUCGUUAAGCACCUGAGAGAGCGAGGCCGCCACGGGGAAGGUACACGUUUAAAAAGCGCAGGGAGGAGGUGGGUCGUCAUUUGUCACGGACACAAUGAGCAGAAUGUAAAGUGACUCGAAGGAGAUUCUUUUGGUGGUCUUCAACCAAUGGCUCUGAGAUGCUGACGUCGCACGUUCGGCUCUGGGACGUCUACGAUGUUUGUGUGCUUCUCGGCUUGGCACUCUGCAUGUGUCACGUAGCUGGGGCCGUCUCCAUCCAAUCCGACCAGCACAGCCUCACCAGAUCCGUGCAGGAGGAUGUGUUCUUUUCCGUGAACGUGACCUGCAGUGACAUUCCCACCUUCCAUUGGACCUUCAUGUCCAGCUCGGUGAGCCGCGCCAUCGGUACCUGGAAGCCGGGGGUGUUCACCAACAUUACGGAGGAUUACAGCAGCAGGGUGCGGACCCACCACAAUGGCUCCAUGACCUUGUCGGACCUGCGGCUGCAGGACACCGGGUAUUAUGUGGUCACGGUGACCGAUGUGUCGGGCAACAGCAAGGAUGCAGGAUUUGUCCUCAAAGUCAACGAGGUGCUCUACGAGGACCUACAAUAUCUGUCGGUGUCGGCGGUGGCGUUGGGCUGCUUGACGGGCCUCCUCAUGCUGAGCAUGUGGCUCAUGAACAAAGCCUACAAGAAGAUAUUGGCAUGCAGACGCAGGAAGCAGAUGCCUGAAAAUGACGCAACAGAGCUCCAGCCUCUUUGACACACGUUUCUUGUUUGGAAACCUGUCAGGACUAUUUUUGAUGUGGACACGUGGAGCAGGAAGGACUGUUGGAUGUUUACAUACAAGACACACUAUUUUUUAUACCGACUGUGAAUAUGAACUGUAUUUAUUGUCAAUGUGAUAUGAUUGUUAAGAAUAAUGACCUGGUCGCAGUCAACUUCUCAUUGAUUUGAUAUAUUCCCAGCACACAUACACAUGUAUCAUGUGAUCGCAGGAGGAGGAGUUACAGUAAAACGCUAGCACAAGCAGACUACGCUCUUUAUUUUCGAACAAAGUGUAACGACAUGAGCGAGUGAGCAUGUUGAAGUCUUGUAAAGUCCUCGAGAAUAAAAAGGGGCAUGGAUUUUUGGAACAUGACGUCACA